AUGAGCGAGAGAAUCAAGUACGAACUCACAUACAUGAUUUCCGACUCUGUGUAUUCAUCGGCCGUCCUAGCUCUAUGUGCAGCGGCGCCGUUGGCCAAUCAAGCACAGGUCCUUCAGGACUUGUGCGUGAUACCCAUCCGGAAAUGGCGAGGAAAUCUCCCUACGUCGCUUGGGCAGCUUUCACGAGAGGCUCAGGAGCUGUACGCGUCGGCGAUAGGACCCGGCCAAGUUUGGCCCGCACAAUGGAUAGGGUACAUCCAAGGACCGGCGGGUAGACCAUCGAAAGAGGUAUCGGUGGUGGAGAAGUGA